GCCCCCCUUUCGAGUACUAGGCCGGUAACUCACCUGACUUUCAUGCAGGUGAAGGAUCUUUGGACGGGGGGACUUUGGGAUAGAGAUAAGAUGGAGGAUAUUCUAGGUGAGGGUGGGGGUUUUAGUAGUCUAGAGAUUGAUCAGAUCCGACAGAUUCUCAUUCUGGAGGGAGGUUUAGACGGCAUGAGAUGGAGACUUACAUCUUUGGGUGCAUUCUCUACGUCCUCGGCCUGGGGAGAUGUGAGGCUGGGUAACCGAACUAAUCUACUCUUCGGGGCUAUCUGGAUCGACCUUCUCACCCCGACCAUUUCCGUAUUUUUGUGGCGCCUCAUAUUACGACGCAUUCCCAUUGACACUGUGAUGCAGGCGAGGGGGUUCUCCUUCCCCUUUCGUUGCCAUUGUUGUGUUGAGACCGGUACCUUUGAGAUCGAGACUUUUACCGAUCUUUUCCUUGAGAGUGAGAUUGUGAGGAGAGUGUGGGAGCACUAUGCCAGAUAUACUCAUAUACCCCUACCCACUACAGACAAUUUUUUUGAGCUCCUGAGUUUUUUCUCACACCGCACAGACAAUAGACACGUAGGCUUCCUUAUUCCUUGUCUGAUCAUAUGGGGCACCUGGACAGAAAGGAAUAAUGCGAAGCAUAGGGAUAUUAUUUUUUCUUGUGCUCACAUCAUUUUGCAGGUUGACAGACACCUCUCACUCCUCACCGCCCAGGGCAGACUCACGACGAGAGACUGGACAGGUUGUACACCGCCCCAUCGCUGGAGACCACCACCUUCUUUCCCUAUCCAGCACCCACGACCUAGGACCGUUGCAUCGCGCGCCUUGCUGCUGUUGCACGCGCGUGCCCUAGCGCGCGCCCCGUUUGCACCGCCUUUACCUACGCGUGAAUCUCCUCACGUUGCGUCGCCUAAUCCUACCCCGUCUAGGACUCCUGGCAUUGGCCUCCCACGCGCGCGUUUAUCGCGCCUGUCAACUGCUCUCGGGCCGAUUGGCGCGUCCUCACCCAUCGCGCGCUUGUUGCACACGCCGCCUGCCACCGUUCUGUUCGCGUCGUGUUCCCGCGCCCCGUGCGUUGCACCCAGCACUCCUACUCUUAUCAGGUCGCGGUCAUCGCCUGCGUCGCCCCACGCAUCGCGGACCGUGCUCAAUGCGCGCUUGCGCCCUAUCUGCUGUGCGUCCCCGCAAGCGCCCACAUACCAGCCAUUCGCCCAUUCGUGUGCAUCAAGGACCGAUGCGCACCUUUUGUACUUUAGCCCUUUACUUUUACUCGACUUGCCGAUAUUGACUCUCACUUCCGUAUCAUUCCCCUCCUCUUCAAGACUUUCCUUGUCCCCAAGGAUAAUGAAAUUCAGCUUUCGGACUCGACCAUCAUCUUCUUUCUCGUCGGGGAACUCGCCUGGAUCCUCAUUUAUCAACUUAACCCUCUUACUCGAUCUCCCAAACUCCAUA